UUUAGGAGGGGGUAAAUAGUGACAUUCCGGGGAAGACAAUGAAUCUGUGGUUAAGGUUUGGUUUGGUGUGAUGGCGUGAGUGGAGUGGAGUGGGUGUGGGUGUGGGAUAAGAAUCCAAAUCCAUGGCGGCCAAAAAGCUUUCCGACUCGUUGUUCUCGAAGAGGCUGCUGGAGGAGGUGCAGCGAUGGGGUUCUAUGAAACAGACCGGCGUGAGCCUGCGCUACAUGCUGGAGUUCGGGUCCCGAUUCACGGAGCGCAACCUCAUCCUGGCCGCUCAAUUCCUUCACAAAGAGCUCCCCAUCAGGAUUGCUAGGCGCGCCAUUGAGCUCCAGUCUCUGCCGUAUGGCUUGUCGGAAAAGCCUGCUAUCCUCAAAGUGAGAGAUUGGUACUUGGACUCGUUUCGUGACCUUAGAUCAUUUCCUGAUGUGAAGGAGAAAAAUGAUGAGCAGGAGUUCACCAAAAUGAUUAAUCUCAUCAAAGUCAGACAUAAUAACGUCGUCCCCACCAUGGCUCUAGGAGUUCAACAGUUGAAGAAAGAUCUUGACCCCAAACUUGAUUACAAGGACCUCGACGACAUCCACCAGUUUCUAGAUCGCUUUUACAUGUCAAGAAUUGGGAUACGAAUGCUUAUUGGGCAGCAUGUGGCGAUGCAUGAACCCAAUCCCCCACCCGAUAGAAUAGGUUACAUACAUACAAAAAUGUCUCCAGUUGAGGUGGCCAGAAAUGCUAGUGAGGAUGCCCGUUCUGUUUGCUUACGUGAGUAUGGAAGCGCACCUGAUGUUCACGUCUAUGGUGACCCUAAUUUCACAUUCCCAUAUGUCCCAAAUCACUUGCAUUUGAUGGUGUUUGAGUUGGUUAAAAAUUCCUUGCGCGCUGUUGAGGAACGGUUUAUGGACUCAGACAAAAUUGCACCUCCUAUACGAAUAAUUGUUGCAGAUGGGUUGGAAGAUGUUACAAUAAAGGUAUCUGAUGAGGGGGGUGGAAUACCAAGAAGUGGGCUGCCUAGAAUUUUUACCUAUCUCUACAGUACGGCCAAAAAUCCACUUGAUGAGCGGGCUGAUCUUGGAACUGCAGAUAUAGCAACAAUGGCAGGUUAUGGUUUUGGGCUGCCUAUCAGCCGCUUGUAUGCUCGCUAUUUUGGAGGAGAUCUGCAAAUUAUCUCCAUGGAAGGUUAUGGAACGGAUGCAUAUCUUCAUUUGUCACGUUUGGGAGAUUCACAAGAACCAUUGCCAUGAAAACUUAAUCCUCCAUAGAUGUAGAUGCAAUUGUUGUUAGUACUCCGGCAAUCUAUGUUCCAUCUUUAUAUAUCAAAACAAAAAUAUGGAUGUCCAAGUUAAUGCCUUAACUGAGACACUAUCUUUCAUAGUUGAGAUAAGCAACUCCCAGUUCAGAAUGGAGACAGUAUACUGAAGUAAUCUUUAAACCUA